GGUGAAGCGAUGGUUGAUGUAGAUGAAACUUUGAAAAGAAUCCAGAAUCAGAAGAAUGUUGCGGGGGUUAUUAUCAUGGAUUCUUUAGGUAUAUAUAAUUUCUCUUUCAUAUUUAUUUCUAUUCAGGAUUGUUGUCGGUUGAUUAGAUCAACCUUGGAUGAUGAAGCAACGGAACGGCAUUCCUCACUACUUUACCAGUUGUCUGAUAAAACAAAAAGUAUCAUUCAAGAACUGGACGGCUCGAACGACCUUGUAUUCUUGAGACUACGAACCAAAAAACACGAAAUAAUGAUUGCACCGGACAAGGAUUUUUUGUUAGCUCUUCGUAAGAUGCCAAGCUUUUUUGAUGUGAUUGGUUUGGGCUCGCAGGCGGUACCUUCAACACUUGCGACACCAGUGCCUAGUGAUUCAACUCCUGGUAAGAAUAACAGUUCAUUAAACUUACAUAUAGAUAUCAUGGUUGUAAAUAUUGGCGCGCGUUGUCCAAGUAAUAUACCAAAAGAGAAUAAUACCAAAGCGCGAAUGCAAAAAGGAUAUUCUUUUGAUUCAUCAGCUCUGGAACGUGCAGCAGAUGCAGCUAGACAGUUGGAAAUGUCUCGAAAUGCUAAGGAGGCAUUCGAAAUAGCACGAUUGCAAGAAAUUACGAAGCAGAAGGAAUUUGAGGCUGCUUACAAGCAGUCGGAAGCUCAAAUGCAAGCACUUCGUAGUGAGCAAAUACGUGUUGCGGAAGAAGAAAGGCGUAAAACUCUAGUUGAGGAAACCAAACAUGCACAUGCUAGAGCUGAAUAUCAAGAUAAAUUAGCUCGUAAACGACAAGAAGAAGAAUUGGCGGUAAAAGCGCGCAUGCAAGCCGAAAGCUUGAAAAAGCAAGAAGAAAGCGUUAAAAAGCAAGAAGCCAUGAGACGAGCAACUGUUGAGCAUGAGUUAGCCUUGAAACACAAAUAUGAUCUGGAAAAAGUUGAAGCAGAAACUCAUGCUAGAGCUAAAGCUGCUCGUGAAAAUCGAGAUAUUAAUUUGGAGCAGCUACGCGCAGCUGAAGAAGAACGAAGAAAAACAACCAUUGAACGAAUAAAGACUAGCGGAGCUGUUCUGGGAUCCGGGUUAGAAGAAUUUAUCAACGAUCCUAAGAAAAUUAUUUCAGCUGUUGGUAGCUUGACAGCGCUUGCUGUUGGAUUAUACGGUGCUAAACGAGGUACAGCUGUUGUGGCCCGACAAGUUGAAUCAAGGUGGGGUAAACCAAGUUUAAUACGAGAAACUUCACGUGUAACAUUCUCGGAACUUCUGAGACAUCCAAUUAAUACAUUUCGGACAGUUUUUCGAACUUCAUCUGAUCCAUUGAAAGGGAUUAUUUUGAGUCCAAAAUUAGAAGCGCAUUUACGAGAUAUCGCGAUAACUACAAAAAAUACAAAGAAGAAUUAUGGUCUCUUUCGAAACGUAUUAUUUCAUGGCCCACCAGGCACUGGUAAAACUCUUUUUGCAAAAAGUUUAGCCCAUCAUUCCGGUUUGGACUAUGCCAUAAUGACCGGUGGUGAUGUUGCACCUUUAGGACGUGAUGGAGUUUCUGCUAUGCACAAGGUCUUUGAUUGGGCUCAACAUACAAGGAAAGGCUUAAUUCUUUUCAUCGAUGAAGCUGAUGCAUUUUUGCGUAAAAGAGCGACUGAGCAAAUAAGUGAAGAUAUGCGUGCGACAUUGAAUGCGUUUUUAUUUAGAACUGGUGAACAAUCAAGAAAGUUCAUGCUAGUAGUCGCUUCUAACCAACCAGAGCAGUUUGACUGGGCUGUAAACGAUCGUUUGGAUGAAUUAGUGCACUUUCAUUUGCCAGGUCCUGCAGAACGUGAACGCAUCAUUCUGCAAUAUUUUGAUGAGUACAUUGCUAGACCAGCUAUUUCAAGUUCGAAAAAAGCCCGAUUGAAGUUAGCAGAUUUUGACUGGAUUAAAAAAUGUGCAGAUGUUGCGUUAAAAACUGAUGGUAUGAGUGGUCGUCAACUUUCAAAGCUUGUAAUCAGCUGGCAGGCAGCAGCAUAUGCUUCUGAGGAUGGUGUGCUUACAACCAAAAUGAUUGACAUUUGCACUAAUGAGAUGGUACAACAACACAGACAAAAGAUUACAUGGCUUAAUAGGGAACAGUUAUCCAUAAUGCAGGCGGAAGAUGAAGUAAGCGUUCAUUCCUUAUCUUAA